CACAACUCAAAGAUAGAGUUUAGUUUAGGGAUCAUUGAAUGAUAUAUGCGCGAGUCUCUCUGCUCACAACGGGUAGGGGGAUUCAGACAUUUGGCUAAAACGGCCAACUUUAUUUUAACUUCAUUGGUUUAUUUCGAUGACAUUAUGGACACUUAACUCAUCGUGUUGGAUGCAACAGGUUGUUUUAUUUGUAACUUCUAUAGCCACAGUGACAGUCACAGUCCUGGAAAGGGCGGUGUGUGAAGAAGGUUUGUGUCAGCUAUCGUUAGCUAAGAUCGGGUCCCCAAGCGAUGAACGACGGACAUGUCUGCUCUCAUAAACGGUUGGAAGUUAUACUGUAACAGUGACUGUAAAAGUUGAUACCAAAUACGUGUUUUGGAUGAAAACUUUUAGAAAAGGAAAACAAUGAGGGAUCGGUUGGCGGACUUGCGAGUGGGCAGAGCGCAGGAGGAGGAGGAAGUCACACUGGAGACAGAUGGCUUCAUGGAUGAUUUCUUUCGGAAGGUGGAGGAGGUGCGAGGUCUGAUUGACAAGAUUGCCUCGGAGGUGGAGGAGGUGCAGAAGAAUCACAGCACCAUCCUGUCGGCGCCCAACACAGACAAGAGGACUAAAGAGGACCUACAGCAGCUGACUGUGGGAAUCAAUAAGAAUGCCAACAUGGUGCGAACCAAACUCAAAUCCAUGCAGCAGAGUCUGCCCCCAGACGACACGGCCCACCGAGCUUCAGUGGACCACCGCAUCCAGAAGACUCAGCACACGGUUCUGUCUCGCAAAUUUGUGGAGGUCAUGACCCGCUACAAUGAGACCCAAGUGGGCUUCAGAGAGAGAAGUAAAAGCAGGAUCCAGAGACAGCUGGAAAUCACUGGAAAAGUCACCACAAAUGAAGAGCUUGAGGACAUGCUGGAAAGUGGAAACCCAUCCAUCUUCAUCUCAGAUAUCAUCUCAGACUCCCAGAUCACACGGCAGGCUCUGAACGAGAUCGAGUCACGGCACCAGGACAUCAUGCGACUGGAGUCCAGCAUCAAAGAGCUGCAUGACAUGUUCAUGGACAUGGCCAUGCUGGUGGAGACACAGGGUGAGAUGAUCAACAAUAUCGAGAAUAAUGUGACCAACGCCGUAGAGUAUGUCGCCAGUGCUAAGGAGGAGUGCAAGAAGGCUGUGCGCUACCAGAAGAAAGCUCGGCGGAAAAAACUCUGUUUGGCCAUUUGUGUAGCCGCAGCUUGUGUCCUCCUUCUAGUCAUCAUAAUCGGAGCGUCCUUCGGAUCAUGAAUUGUUUCUUCAGAAGAUGAAGGAAGGACUCUCUUCACAGAGCCCUCGUAGCGCUGGAGAGACAUUGGUAGUACAGUCACUGAAAGUGAACAAGACUGUUUUUUUGUAUAUUUGUAUGUGACAUCUUUGAAAUGUCUUGGUCCCUAAUAGACUGAAUGAGGCUGAGAUGUAGGGCACCAUGUCUGGACCUCAGUACUUUACUGGCUCUGACACACACACACACACACACACACACACACACACACACACACACACACACACACACACAC